AUGUCUACCACCAGUCACUCUUUCAUCAACUGCGCAACUUACCUGGAUGUUGAAUCUGCGCAAGAAAUCGAUGAGGCCCAAGGUUCAUGUGUGCAUAAGAUACUCAGCAACAUCCAUACUUUCCAUAUGGAGUAUGAUCCUCAUAAUAGGUUAGGAAGAUUGCCUAAAUGUUUUGUUCGUGAGUUUGGUGAUUUGAUUGGUGCAAGUGUCAUUCUAAAGGAUCCUAAUAAUAAUGAGAUCCAAGUUCGGGUCUUGAAAACAACAUCUAAUGACAUGUAUUUUGAGCAAGGAUGGUUGGUUCUUAGGGACUUCUACGACAUAUGGUUUGGAGCGUGGCUUACUUUUACAUAUGUUAAUCCCAAUCUUUUGGCCAUAAGUCUUACAACCAGAUGGGGCAUUGAUGUUAAGUAUCCUUUCCAUGAUCCUCCGCAUAAAUUUAUGUUGGCAAACACCAUUAUUAGUGGCAAUAUUGGGUCAUCUUCAUCUCUCCCGUCUUCCUCCAAUGGUUCUGUGCUAUCAAGUUCCUUUGUCCAUUCCUACCUUAAGAAAUUGACCUUAUAUGAUGUUGAAUCUGGAUUCUUGGUGUUGCCCUGGUAUGGCUUUGGUGAAUUUGCCUUCGCAUUUACUUUCAAUGAAUUGGUGCUGGUUGAUCAUACCGGACGUCGCUAUCCAUGUCGCAUACAGUUUACUGUGGAUUCUAAUGAUUUUGAUCAAGUGGUAGUUGAAGAAUUUGAUCAACUCUUGCUUUAUCAGUUGGAAACGACGUUGGAACACCAAGGGAAGAUAUAA